CACUCACUCCAUCUCUCCCAAGCAAAUCAACUCAGUAGAGAGAGAAGAGAGAUAUAUAUAGAGAGAGAAGAGAUAGAUAUAUAGAGAGAGAAAGAGCAUUUUCACCUACUACCUUCUUCUGCAAUGGCAGCAGCUAAAGAACAGCAAUAUCAUCAAGAUGAAACCGAAGAAGAAGAAGAAGAAGAAGUUGAUCACUGCGAGAAGCUACUCACAACCUAUAUCGGCAUCAGUUUCGCUGUCUUCCUCGGACUCCUUCCUAAAUCCUCAAUCUCAUUUGUUUCAAACUAUCAAUCGCGUAACAGGGACCUAUCACUUCAUCUAGAAGAAGCGGAGGAGCAGCUACGUGAACUCUACUCGCGGCGGAAGGAGGAUUCCAAAGCCAACGCUCGAGUAGUGGAGAUCUUCGCCAGUCACCGUCACGCAUGGCAGCAGGAGGAGAGACGUCUAUUGCGUCGGAUCGAAGACGAUGCGGAAGAGAUUUCACACUUACGCGCGAAGGUUGAGGAACUGGAGAAAUCGGAAGCGGAGUUGACGCAAUGCGUUGAUGACCUUAGGAGAGAAGUUGGAGAAAGAGAUGAGAUGCUCAAUUUCAUGUCCCAGAGACCACCGGACUUCGCGGAGUGUCUUUCGGAUGGAGGAGGAGGAGGUGGCGGCGGAUGGUGUUCGGAGGCGUUGAUGGAGAAGUUUGGUGGAGGGGUUAGGGUUUCUGAUGGUUUAUAUCCCGGGGAGGAAGAAGCUUUUAGGGAUAGGGAAAGGUACAACAAUAUGGACAAAAAGGGCUAUACAUUCGGGCAGAAUAAUGCGAUUAACCCUGAAUUCUUGAGUUCUGCUUCGAAAUUGUGGCUUGAAAGGCCAAGUUCCUGGCAGGAUGUACAUUAUGAAUCACCAGAGCCAAUGUAUCAAGUGAAGCAUUUUGUUUCGAGAAGGGAGUCUCCUUGGAAGGUAGAUGGUGAAUCAACAGGAAUUGCUUCUAAGCUGAAGUUGCUUGAGCAAGGACUUGUUAAUUUGGAAAGGGUAUGUAGUAGUGAUUUAUCAAAGGUACCUUCAAUGAUGAGUAAGCAAGCAAAGAGGUACCAAACUCUUGCAGGAAAGAUUGAUGAUCUAUGCAGAAGAAUGCAGGCAAGCGAUCCAUGCGAGCCAACACUAGGGCUGGAGAUCAGAACACAGAGGCAAAACGAGUUCUUGUUCGAGGCAUUCCAGCUCCAGCAGCGUGCAUCGGACGCAGGACAGAAGCUAAUGGCGUUGCAGCUGGAGACUGUUAAACAAUGUAUGAAAGAUGAGAAAGAGGAAGAGGAGGAUGGUCAGGUGAAAGUAGCAACAAACAAACGGUGCCUGGACUCGAUUAAGAACAACUUGAGAGAAAUCCAGAGGAAUCUAGAGAUUUGGUUGGCAAGAAUAAUAGGAGAUCUUAAAGGCAUUCUUUCUAGGGAUGGAGGUUCUAGAGGAGCAAGUGCAAGGGACUAUUAUAUCUCAAGGUAUCCAUUUCCUCCUCAGUAGUAAGAAAAGACGAGUAUGAUAUGGUUCUCAUUUCCCACCCUAACUUGGUAGUAUUUCUGAAAUGCUGACCAUCUUUCUUUCAUCUUAGAGAGUAACAGAUGAUGAAUGUGAGAAAUUUCUGUUGAAUGCAUAUAUAGAGAUGUAAGUAAAGUGUAACCACUUAGACUGUUGAGAAGAUUAUGAUGGUGUAUGCUUUUUUAAGUUGAGAUGUUGUUGUUGUUGUAUGCAUCA